CCUUCCCAAGAUCUAGAAUAGUUUUUUUUCCGAAGCUACUAGUCCACCUACUAGACUUAAUCGGUUUUAUAAAAUUAAAAAACUUUAACUUAAAACUUCUAGAGUGUAAUCAACACUUACCAUUAACAAUGGACACCAAAUUCAAAACUGACUCGACCCCGAACGCCGUUUCUGAAGUUAUCGAAACUCAGAUCAACAACGUUAGAGACCUAGACUCCGAAACUUCCCGACCUCGCAUAGAGAAAUCUCGACCAUUAGAGACUAAAGGAAAGAUCGAACACAAGCCUAAGUCCAAACCUGCUAAGGAAUCUUCCUCACUUUCGACGAUACUCAAACCGUAUCUUAGAACUCCCCUCACUGGAAAUCCUUUUCAAGAAAUCAGUACUUUCUUCCCGUCCGCUUACAACAUGUACUACAUCGUACACAUCAUGGACGACAUACUAAGAAAGAAUAUAUACUUUCGACGACAAGAGGAUGCAUGGCACCCUUUUAUUUCGAGACUAUACUUUGGUAUCGUAUUCUACAUACAGACCCUACGUGCUGAGUUAAAAUCUGGCAUCAUUUCACCUGCUCACAGGAGAUUCUUGACCAAAUUUCUCAGAGAUUACCCCCCCGAAACACUCCCAAUUCCCGGACCCCUAACCUCAACCUUUGAGGCCUUAGAUUGCUCUACCCCCCCUAACUCGUUAGUUGGCUUGGUUACCCCCCAAGUACCUAAAACUCUCGUAGCCCUAAGAGCCCGGCAAUUAUUCAUCACUGACGAAGGCCACUCCGGCCUACUUGCAGUCCCCUAUAUCCCUGGAAUCCUCGGAUUCAUCAACAAGAUGCUAACCGCAGCUAACGCUGACCAAGUACCAGACUAUACCGUGACUCAAGGCUUUGACGACACAGUAGAACGCACCCUAAACGGCUCUAUCUUUGCUCCUGGAGCAUGGACACCUGUUCAGAGAACGACCCUUCUUCUACCAGGUAUGUUAUACUCACCUGAAACAAACAGAGACAUAGACGCGACUUUCUAUAACUAUGGAAAGAGACUCAACCUCCCUGUCCCCGCCGCCGAAGACUUAAUUUCGUCACUUCCCCACUUUUUAUACCUUAACCGUGACAACACGUGGUUUGGCAAAAUUGUCCAAAUCAUGGGUACCUACUCUACAUACUUUAGAGCGAGCUCAUCACUAGCUGAAUGUUCAGCUAAAUUCACAGCCAGCCCUCUAAUUAUUAGCGAGUACACCAAGACAUCAGCUCAAACUGCUGCCCUCAACCCUCUCAAUACCCUGACUCACGCUUUCCCCAAUCAAGGUGUCUUCACAUUCGAAUGCUCUCACAAAACUUAUGAGACAUCACUCCCACCCGCCGCCACUAUGGUAGCCCAGAGUGCAAAACUGAAUGUAAUGACCCAGCUCCCUAACCUAGGGAACUUCUCCUUACUCGGACACUUUAACGUGUCUCGACAUGGCCCAUACUGGACGAGAACCCCUUAUCACCAGACCUCUGCAAAAGAGGAAACCUGGAAAUCGAUAGGCUCCAUCGUUUCAGAGAAAUAUGCUCUGUCCCGCCCCCGACCCCCUCGAGAUUGA